AUAUCUCAAAUGUCUGAAUGCAACUACAGCCUCAAGAAUGGAUGGAUGUCUGUAGUUACAUGAGGUUCACAUCCUGUUUUCUGUUAAACGGACAUGAAUUGGCUCUAUUUCAGAUUCCAGACUGCCAAAGAGACAAAGAUGAGAAACCUGCUGUCACAGAUUUUGUUGCUCAGAUACAGAAAAUUAAGUCAGUGGACUGCUCUGUAGCCAGGUGCAGCGUGUUCAAAUGCAGUAGGUUCAUGGGAAGACAGGAGGGGAAAGUGUACAAGAUCUCUGCCAACCUUAGCUCAGGGUGGAUAGAGCAGAUCGGACUUUCUUCUGCCAAAUUCCUCUUGACCAGCACGGCCAGUCUGGAGUACGACAGAAACCAGUACAUCUUCUUUUCAACGGGGUCUAACAACAACCCUCCUGUUCACAAGGUUGAAGCAGAGGUAGAAGUGUACCCUGUGCCAGACUUCACCAAAGAGAUCGUCGGAGGAUCUUUGGGAGGGUUGGUUCUACUGGCUUUACUCACUGCUGGUCUGUAUAAGGUGAGACACUCUACAUACAGUACACUGCUUCAGUUUAUUGUACAGCUUUACAGGUGCAAUAAAAG